GAAAUCAUACGAAGAAGACUCGAAAGAAGUAUUUGAAGUGAGCAAGAUAAAGAAGUCGAAGAUGAAGUUUGGCAUUGUAAUUCUCGUUGUUUUGGUGGUCUGCCUGUCUCCAUCGGGUAUGUAUAACUAUAAGUUCAGGUGUAAACAGAUUUUCGUGCUGACGUGAGAGGGUAUAGGCAUGGCCUGAGUUUGCCAAAUUUUUGUUACUAAUGCGUAAUAUACUACAUGCACUAAACUUUUACCUCUGUUUUUUUGGUCUUGGAGCUAUAUCAACACCAUGUUUAUAAGUGUAGAACUGAACUUAAAGCUAAAGGGUGUAAAGAGUAACGUUUUGAAUAUUUUAGUGAAUGGCGCAGAAAGCGAUGUGGUUCGUAUUUUUAAUGACAAACUGCGUCUCACUAAUAAAGAGAUGCAAGAUUAUCUCAAGCAAGCUGACCUGGAACGCUAUGGAUUCACGAAAACUGUCGAAGUCUCCACUGAAACCGACGAAAACGGGAAGACAACCACGAAGAAAACCAUUUACUACAAGGUCACUGAUGAUUGCUCUAGAGUCAUGUUUUGGGAAGGAAUUUUGGAACAACGCCUGCCAGAGGAGCUGCAAGCUUCGAAGCUCUCUUCAACAAUUGUCAAAGAAGUGAAAAGUCGCAUUGCUGGCCGCAAGACAAAAAGCUGUACAGUGAUGUUGGAAAUUCAUCCAAAGCGAUGUCUGAAGAAAAUUCCCGACAAUGGGGUGAGCAAACGUACAGCUCAUCAGUGUAAUUGGUGCCUAAUCUGUUUUGCUGCGUCCAUUCGGUACGGCAAAUAAUGUUCGAUGACUUAAAUCUGGACUGAAGCCGAAAAAAGUAUAGACUAUAAGUAGUGACUACUAUUGGUAGACUCUCAACUAUAUAUGGCAGACUCUACUAUAUGGUGUUGUUAUAUAAGGUAUAUUGUAGCUUACGUGUGAUUUAAUAAAACGAU